AUGGAUACAGCACCGACAGCGCCGAUAGCGCCAGCUCUCGACGCAAUCUUCGACCCAGCGCCAUCUCCAGCAAUCAGGGAAGAUGUGUCAUACCAAGGCACUGACGAGGAAUGGCAGUGCGUCAUUGAAAUGCUUAAACGUGACGAUAGAGAUAUAGAAGAUGUUUAUGAUUCUCUUAAGCGCACCGUCGAUGACGAAUUCCUGAGCACGGCAGCACAGACGAUGGAAUUGGAUAGCUCUAUCAAGCAUUCCGUACAAGAUACGGAAACACUCGCGAACUUCCUCUCCACAUUCCAGCAAUCUAUGUUAUCAACGAGUUCACAGAUCAGCUCUUUACAGACGAAAUCCAUCGAAAUAGACAAUCAGUUGCACAAACAGAGAGCACAGGCAGCUGAAAUCGAUGGGCUACUCAAAGAGCUAAUCAUUCCUCCGCAACUCAUCAACCUCAUCAUGAACCAGGAGCUAACAGAUGUUGAUGCUUGGAUUAGCGGGUGUAAGAGCAUCGAGGGCUUUCUGCGCUCAGUUGAGAAGCAUCAGCAUGUCAAAGCUAGAGUACAGUUGCAGAGUGUCUUACAGGCGCUCAAAACGAAGGCUGCAGACAAGAUACGUGGUAAACUAUUUAGUCUGUUUGUGCCCUUCCAAGCCUCCGCGACGUCCAACAUCGCGUUUCAUCAGACAGCAGUGCUGUUUAAGUACGCGCCUUUGUACGCAUUUCUCAAAAGACAAGAGCCACGGGCUGCUCAUGAGGUUGAACGUGUCUAUGCAAAUGCCGCGAGAGGCUACUACGAGACGUGCUUGGUGAGAUAUACGAGAGAGGCGUUCAAGAUCGAACCCAGAUUCCAAGAGCUCGCAAUCGGCAACUCGGCAAAUGCAUGGGAAAGCAACGAAGAGCCAUAUGAACUCGAUAGUGUCAAGCAGCGACUCACUUACUCUACUUUGGAUGGACCGUCAGUCUUUUUGGCAUACCAGGCUGACGAUCAGAACUUUAAAUUACCCCCUGAAGCAAUCUUCAGAAGCUUAUUGCUUGUCUUCAUAGACAAUGCGUGCUCAGAAUUUGCAUUCUGUGCUCGCUUCUUCGACGACUCGCUGCACUCAUUAUACCACGACAAAAGCAUCAAACCUGGCGUCUUUCUCUCGGAGAAGGAGGUUGCCAUUGCAAGCGAGCUAGGAUCUCUUAAAUCCACACAACACAUCUGGAAUCAAGUGUUUGAGACGGCAUUUAAUCAGAUAAAAGGUGACUUACUCAAGAUACCCACGGCGACCACCUUACCAAGCGCUAUUUUUAGUAUGAUCAGAAUAAACGACGAGGCACACCAGGUGUGCUUGAAUAGGGGUUGUCUACCGGCAAGCAAUCUCUGUGCAGGCUUGAGGAUUUCGCUUUGGCCGCUGCUUCAGAAGGAGAUGGAUGCCAGAGUACUAGCCUUACAGACACUUGCUGAGGAAACCCAGGCGCCCUCCGCCAGUCUUCUCGGUACGGCUGGCAACUUUGUCAGCUCGUCGAUGGGUUUUAGUGGAAAAAGAGUUAGCCCGGAACUGGCUGAGAAGGUCAGCAGGAGAUACGCGACUCUGUACAGUUCAUUAAAGGAGCUUUCUACAUCUGAUGAUCAGAUGAUGAUGCAAUCAAACAUCAAGAGAUUGCGCUCGUUGGUGCAGAGUGUUAUCGAGAAAGCAGCAGGCAGGAGCGAGAAUGGAGAUUGGCUAGCGAGCGCGUACUCGGCACUAGCUUUGCAGACGCGCUCAUUCGAGGAUGAGAGGUCGUAUUGGCUUGAAAUGGCUUCUAAGCAUAAGAAAUAG